CUCUCAUGCUCACCUACCUACCUUGCUAUACCAUACAAUGCAAAGUCUUUCCCUUCCGCCAUCACAUUUGAAAAGCUAACUUUUUUCUCUCCAAAUCCACCUAUAUAACACCCACAUACCUUCUCCCUCUACUUCCAAGAAAAUCCCAUUUCUUAUUUUCUUCACAGCUCUCAUUUUUAUCUCUCCAUAUACUUCAGUCACAUUUCAUCGAACACCUUCAAAACUCUCUGGUACAUAAAAGAUAUUUCUCCUGUACUAUAUACAAUGGAUACUGCCGUCGUCGCUCAAAACGGUCAUCACCACAGCCAAAACGGGGUGUCUUUGGAGAGUUUCUGCACGACCAAGCCGGCGACCGGAGUCUCCGGUGACCCGCUAUACUGGGGUGCGGCGGCUGAGUCGAUGAGUGGGAGUCACUUGGAUGAAGUGAAGAGAAUGGUAGCGGAGUACCGGAAACCUAUCGUCCGUCUCGGCGGCGAGACGCUGACUAUUUCCCAGGUGGCUGCCAUCGCUGCCGGUGACGGGGCCGGUGUAAAGGUUGAGCUUUCUGAGUCGUCCAGGGCUGGAGUCAAGGCUAGCAGUGACUGGGUUAUGGAGAGUAUGAACAAAGGUACGGACAGCUAUGGUGUCACCACCGGAUUCGGUGCGACCUCACACAGGAGAACCAAAAAUGGCGGUGCCCUUCAGAAGGAGCUAAUCAGAUUCUUAAACGCUGGAAUAUUUGGUCAUGGAACAGAGUCAUCACACGCUCUGCCUCACUCGACAACAAGAGCAGGAUUGAUUGUUAGGAUUAAUACCCUUCUCCAAGGCUACUCCGGCAUCAGAUUUGAGAUUUUGGAAGCCAUGGCCAAGCUUCUCAACAGCAAUGUCACCCCAUGUUUGCCUCUGCGUGGCACAAUCACUGCCUCAGGUGACCUUGUGCCCUUGUCCUACAUUGCUGGCUUGCUCACCGGAAGGCCUAAUUCUAAGGCUGUUGGCCCUAAUGGUGAGUCCCUCACUGCAGAGGAGGCCUUCAAAGUGGCUGGCAUCAAUUCUAGCUUCUUUGAGUUGCAGCCCAAAGAAGGUCUUGCUCUUGUUAAUGGUACUGCUGUUGGUUCUGGUUUGGCUUCUACUGUUCUUUUUGAGGCCAAUAUUCUUGCCGUGUUGUCCGAAAUCUUGUCGGCAAUCUUUGCGGAAGUGAUGCAGGGUAAGCCCGAGUUCACUGAUCACUUGACUCACAAGUUGAAGCAUCACCCUGGUCAGAUUGAGGCUGCCGCCAUUAUGGAACACAUUUUGGAUGGCAGCUCUUACAUUAAAGAUGCUCAGAAACUUCACGAGAUGGAUCCUCUUCAAAAGCCAAAGCAAGAUCGCUAUGCUCUUAGGACAUCACCACAAUGGCUCGGACCCCAAAUUGAAGUGAUCAGAUUCUCAACCAAAUCAAUUGAAAGAGAGAUUAACUCGGUGAACGAUAACCCUUUGAUUGAUGUUUCAAGGAACAAAGCUCUUCAUGGUGGCAACUUCCAAGGGACCCCAAUUGGUGUGUCGAUGGACAACACCCGUUUGGCGAUUGCAGCAAUUGGCAAACUCAUGUUUGCUCAAUUUUCUGAGCUUGUGAACGACUUCUACAACAAUGGUUUGCCUUCAAACCUCUCUGGUGGGCGCAAUCCAAGUUUGGAUUAUGGUUUCAAGGGAGCUGAAAUUGCCAUGGCCUCUUACUGUUCUGAGCUCCAAUACCUUGCUAAUCCGGUGACUAGCCAUGUCCAAAGCGCUGAACAACACAAUCAAGAUGUGAACUCUUUGGGAUUGAUAUCUUCAAGAAAGACUGCUGAGUCUAUUGAUAUUCUCAAGCUCAUGUCUUCAACAUUCUUGGUAGCUCUUUGCCAAGCCAUCGACUUGAGACAUUUGGAGGAGAAUUUAAAACACACAGUUAAGAACACUGUUAGUCAAGUGGCUAAAAGAGUCUUAACAACUGGCGUCAAUGGCGAACUCCACCCAUCAAGAUUUUGCGAGAAGGAUCUGCUUAAAGUUGUAGACAGAGAAUAUCUAUUUGCCUACAUUGACGAUCCUUGUAGUGCUACCUAUCCAUUGAUGCAGAAACUAAGGCAAGUACUUGUUGAGCACGCUUUGACAAACGGCGAAAAUGAGAUGAAUUCAAGUACUUCAAUCUUCCAAAAGAUUGGAGCUUUUGAGGAAGAAUUGAAGACCCUUUUGCCUAAAGAGGUUGAGAGUGCAAGGAUUAGUGUGGAAAGUGGGAAUGCAGGCAUAUCGAACAAGAUCAAGGAGUGUAGGUCUUAUCCAUUGUACAAGUUUGUGAGAGAGGAGUUAGGGACUGGUUUGCUUACAGGAGAGAAUGUUAGGUCCCCAGGAGAGGAAUUCGAUAAGGUGUUCUCUGCUAUGUGCCAAGGGAAGAUCAUUGAUCCAAUGUUGGAAUGUCUCAGCAGUUGGAAUGGCGCCCCUCUUCCGAUCUGUUAGUUAUCGUUUUGUUGAGUUUGAAUGUCCUUUAAUGUGUCUAUAAAAGUUACCUUUUGUUGUCUAUGUGUGGGAGUGAACUGUGUGUAACAAUCUUUUGUUCUUUGUUCUUGUAAUAACUUGUAAUUUUUUUUCUCUCUCUGUCGUAUUAUUUUUAUUUUAUAGUAUGGAAUAAUACCCAGUUGCAACCUAAACAAUGCUUACUUUGGUCCA